GAAAGACUACCUGGAUGGGCGUGUCCUGUUGCGGAAGAGGGAGUCCUUCAUGCGUGUCUAACCGAGGUCAGCCAGACGAUUUGUGAACAAGCAGUGGACUCUGUUAAAGAAACUGUGACAUAAACAGGUUAAAUCCCAGCAUCUGACUUCCUCAGCUCCAGCGUAACCGUGAUGAGGACCGGACAGUUGCUCAGUCAUGGAUAGAGCGGCAUGAUGACACAUGAGAGCCUGACAAACGCCCAGCUGUCCUUCAAGGCGAUUGCUCUGCGCAUGGUUGACCUUCCUCUGUUGGUCUACAGCUCCCUGGGACAGGUGAGCGUCAGCACAGGUACCAAGAAACUGGUGGCAGUCGCCGCUCUUGGAACCGCGUCCCUCCUCCUGCUCGCUCGCCGCUUCCAGAGGAGGAAGGGCAAAAAGAGGUCUCCCUCGCUUCCAUGGGGUCAGGUGGAUCUGCAGUUUUUCCCUCCUGGCUGUGCAGAAAACGACAACACCAGCCAGAACCUCUCGGUGUCCCUAACCUUUGACCAAAGCGCCUCCUCUGGAUCUGGUUUGGGUCUAACGAGAGAUGAUCAGAGGGUUUCCAGGUCCCUGCUGAGUCUGGCUUCGAUAGAAAGCCUGAACUCCUCCAGCAGCAGCACCUGUGCAAAUGACUCCACCUGCUGGGACGGAGCAGGAGACGCAGAGGCCGGCCUAUCUGUGGCCACACCUGAAAACCUCUACUUAAUGGGGAUGGAUUUGUUUGAGGAGGCGCUGCGGCGGUGGGAGGAAGCGCUGACGUUCAGGAGCAGGCAGACGGAGGACGAUGCGAGCUGUGCCUCUGUCAGGACGGGAGCUGCAGACGCCAUCGCGGAGGAUGUGAUCAGCAUGGAGUUCGUCCACCGGCUCAAGUCUCUGCUGGAGAGGGCUUACCACCUCCAGGAGGAGUUUGAGGGAGUGCUGGGCCUGUCGGAGUCGUCCUCUCACAGCAGCAGCAGCAGCCAGGCUCAAAUGGCGGACCUUUUGGCGAGAGACGAUCUGGACGACGCCUGUCUGAGGGACAGCAUCAGCAUCGCCUCCACCGAUUCAUUCGUUUCUGCGGCUGAGAGAAGCGGCAUGGAUUCAAACCCGCGGUGUCUGUUUCAGCCCCAGGCGGGGGAGCAGCGGGACCUCAGAGGGGUUUUCGCUCAGCAUCCUCUGUACGAGGAGGCGCUGCAGAUGGCGGAGGAGGGCCAGAUCUCCUGCCGGGUACUGAGAACGGAAGUCCUGGGGUGCCACGGGGACCUGGAUUUCCUGGCCAAGCUGCACUGCGUCCGGCAGGCGUGUGAGCUGAUUCUGUGCGACCGGACGACCAGGAUGUUUCUGGCCAACACGGGAAAGAAGAUCCUGUCUUCCAUCAUCGUUCAAGCUCAGAAGAGUCCAAAGAGGUUCGAGGAUGUGUUUGAGGAGAUGAUCUCCUUCCUGGAGGAGGCCAAACACUGGGAGGACACGGAGGUGGAGCUUGCUGCACGAGGGGUGAAACACUUGAACUUCUAUGACGUUGUCCUGGACUUCAUCCUCAUGGACUCCUUUGAGGACCUGGAGAACCCUCCUUUCUCCAUCCAGAAUGUGAUCAACAACCGCUGGCUGAACAGCUCCUUCAAGGAGACGGCGGUCGCAUCGAGCUGUUGGUCCGUCCUGAAGCAGAAGAGGAAACACAUGAAGGUUCCUGAUGGCUUCAUCGCUCGCUUCUACGCCGUGUGCGAACAGAUCAGUCCAGUUCUGGCCUGGGGCUUCCUCGGCCCAGAGAGCUCCCUGCAGGACCUGUGCCGCUUCUUCAAGGAGCAGGUGCUGCACUUCCUGAAGGACGUAUUUGAUCUGGAUAAGGUGCGAUACUCCACGGUGGAGAGCAUGGCGGAGGACACGCUGCACCUUCUGCACCGACGCGCCGAGCUGCUGCUGGCGUACCUGGGAGCCGAGCACCUCCCGGCCCUCGGCGGCUGCGGUGGCGAGCGGCCGCUGCUCCCCACGGCCCUGCUGGAGGCGUCGGUACAGUGAAUUUCCAGCUGUGGUGUUGGGGUGAGCCAACACUUGGACCAAAGGAAGCGUAUUGGUGCAGAUGUGCCCCCACAUCUCCAUGGUGUUGGAUGUGAGCUUCUCUACAGUGCCAUGCCUCACAGAUCAUAGCAAUAAUGAGAAUCCACCGUGCUGCGAUGAUUAUUUAGAGCACAUACGCAGUUUGUGUGACGCUGCAGGUAUUUAUUUGACUUUCAACAGGGUUAUCUUGUGAUUUUAGCUGCACCUGUGUUUUCAUGUGAAGGUGAUCAUCAGAUCAGCUGAAUGUAUCCUGUUUAAUGUCAGCAGUGCAAUAGUCAGAUGUUCAUGCUGCUCGUGGUAAAGCCACGCCUCCUCUGAGGGGGAGGGACAGAAUAUUUAAAGGCGGUUGCAGGGGUAGUCGGCCAGUAAAGGAGAAAAAUAUCGUCAUUGAUUUGUGCCAGUCUUUGAAAAUGGGCAACACAAGCAGCCUUACCGUCAACGCACACACGCCCACGUCUGUCCGCGUGUUCUUCACUGCCGUGUUGAGACUUCGCACACGUAUGUUCAUGUCAGCGCCACCUCGCAGCUUCUGAAGCUUUUAGCGGUCUGUCCCAGAGGAGCAGUGAAUGAGAUUUUUUUAGGGUUUCUGGGAAACUGCAGAAUGAUCUUCAGUUUGCCAUGACCCUUGUGGGGUCAUCUGGACCCCAUGAGAUAGAAUGAAGUAUUUCAGUCACAACCCUGAUUGAAAACUGAAUGGGCUUCCUGAUUUGGGGUCUUUGGGCACCUGGUUGUUGCUGCUUUGUGAAUGUGUGGCUUUGUCGUUUGUCAAACCAGCAAAUAAAGGCUAAAAAAAUGU